AUAGAAUCCGCUUAUCCUGUUACUUUUCUCUUCUUUUUGCGGGCCUUUUUUUUUUUUCGAACGCAGCGUGUUCGUGAACUUCACCUGUUGAAAAGCGGAUCGCCCUGACGAUCCAAAACCUGUUGAUACUUUGUCACCCCACUGUAGCUUGGGGCGUGACGCAGUGAUUUGACAAACUUUUUUUUUUCCGUCCCCGGUCCGGUCACGCAUCCAUCCCCGGCCGAUUCUGUUACACCCGGCCAAAACGCCUGUCAAAGCUCAACCGCUCUCGACCGUGGAACCCAACCUCGGGGGUUCAUAAUUGGGACUCCAAUUCCCAUCUGACUUGCUCUCCUCGGAUCCCUCGAGCUCUGGUGCAAGCAAUUGACGGCCCCGAAGCACCCUCCUUGACACACACGCCCACGCCAUGGCGAGCAGACUGGCCGGCCGAGCUCCGGCUCUGCUCCGAUCCCAGGGCCUGGCCGCCCCGCGCCUCUGCCAGCCUCUGGCCGCCCGCACUUUCACUCGCGCCGCCAGGCCGGAGCUUCGCACAGCUGCGCUGAGGUUGUCGCAAACACACGACGGCCUCGCCCAGUCCAAGCUGGUGCCGAAGCGCCUUUUUACCGCGACCGCAGCCGCCUUGGCACAGCCUGCCCCUGAUGCCAGCUCGUACCUCCAGAACUUGCCGAGCGACAUGCUCAAGCAAGCCGCCUCCGACAUCAAGAAGGUGCUCGUUGUCGGGAGCGGUGGCCUGGCCAUUGGCCAGGCCGGCGAGUUUGAUUACUCAGGCUCACAAGCUCUGAAGGCUCUGAAGGAGGCCGGCAUCGCCUCGGUCCUCCUCAACCCGAAUAUCGCUACCAUCCAGACCAACCACUCGCUCGCCGACGAGGUCUACUAUCUUCCCGUGACCGCCGAGUACUGUACCCACGUCUUCGAGCGCGAGCGCCCAGACGGAAUCUUUCUCGCGUACGGCGGCCAGACCGCGCUGAACCUGGGAGUUGAGCUUCACAACAAGGGGAUAUUGGCCAAGUAUGGCGUCAAAGUGCUUGGGACGAGCGUCCAGACCCUCGAGCUCAGUGAGGACCGUGACCUGUUUGCCAGGGCCCUGGACGAGAUCAACAUCCCUAUCGCCAAGUCAAUUGCUGUCAACACUGUUGACGAGGCGCUGGACGCUGCCGAGAAGAUCGGGUAUCCCAUCAUCGUCCGCGCGGCGUAUGCUCUGGGUGGGCUGGGAAGUGGAUUCGCCAACAACCGCGAGGAGUUGAAACAAAUGGCCGCCAGGAGUUUGACCCUGUCGCCCCAGAUUCUGGUUGAGAAGAGUCUAAAGGGCUGGAAGGAGGUUGAGUACGAGGUUGUUCGUGAUGCAGAGAACAACUGCAUCACAGUUUGCAACAUGGAGAACUUUGACCCCCUUGGAAUCCACACUGGCGACUCGAUCGUCGUGGCGCCGUCGCAGACGCUGUCCGACGAGGAGUACCACAUGCUCCGGUCUGCCGCCAUCAAGAUUGUCCGCCAUCUUGGUGUCGUGGGCGAGUGCAAUGUCCAAUAUGCGCUUCAGCCGGAUGGUCUUGACUACCGUGUGAUUGAAGUCAACGCCCGUCUCUCCAGGUCGUCGGCGCUCGCCUCGAAAGCGACGGGCUACCCUCUCGCUUACACCGCUGCCAAGAUUGGUCUUGGCAAUGCCCUCCCCACCCUGCCCAAUGCCGUCACAAAGACGACCACUGCCAACUUCGAGCCGUCUCUGGACUAUGUUGUCGUCAAGCAGCCCCGCUGGGAUCUUUCCAAGUUCCAGCACGUUAGCAGGUCUAUCGGAUCCUCGAUGAAGUCGGUCGGUGAAGUCAUGGCCAUCGGCAGGACCUUUGAGGAGGCCGUCCAGAAAGCCAUCCGCAUGGUGGACCCCAAAUUCCCGGGCUGGUACAAUCCCAACAAGAAUGCCGAGAAGUUCCCGGACCUUGACUACGAGCUGCAGAACCCUACAGACCGCAGGUGGCUCGCCGUUGCCCAUGCCAUCGUCCACGAGGGCUACAGCGUUGACAAGGUUCACGAGCUCACCAAGAUCGACCGCUGGUUCCUUCACAAGCUGCAGAACAUUGCGGACCUCGCUAAGGAGAUUGAGUCCGCCCCAUCCCUUCAAUCCCUGAGGAAGAACAAGGUGCUCCGGGCGAAGCAGCUUGGAUUCUCGGACCAGCAGAUCGCCUUGGCGCUGGCCGUUGGAGGUGUCAAGGUCACCGAGACCGAAGUCAGGGAGCACCGCAAGAAACUGGGCGUCACCCCCUUCGUCAAGAGGAUCGACACCCUGGCAGCAGAGUUCCCGGCUUCGACCAACUACCUGUACUGCACCUACAACGCCUCUGUUCACGAUGUUGAGUUUGGCGACAACGGUACCAUCAUCCUCGGCAGUGGUGUUUACCGUAUCGGCAGCUCGGUUGAAUUCGAUUGGUGCGCCGUCUCGGCAACCAAAGGCAUCCGCAGCAGCGGCGAGAAGACGGUCAUGAUCAACUACAACCCAGAGACCUACUCGACCGACUUCGAUGUGGCUGACAGGCUCUACUUUGAGGAGCUGAGCUACGAGCGCACAAUGGACAUUUACGAGCUUGAGGGUGCCAAGGCCGCUGUGGUUGGCUUUGGUGGCCAGCUACCGCAGAACAUUGCGCUGAAGCUCCAGGAGGUCGGCAAGGCCAAGAUCCUAGGAACCGACCCCCAGGACAUCGACAAGGCUGAGGACAGGAAGAAGUUCUCGUCCAUCCUCGACAGUAUUGGCGUCGACCAGCCCGAAUGGGCCGAGCUGACGUCUACUGAGGAGGCCAAGUCAUUUGCCAACAAGGUCGGAUAUCCUGUCCUCGUCCGGCCUAGCUACGUCCUGUCUGGUGCGGCCAUGACGGUGAUCCGGAGCGAGGAGGAGCUGGCCGAGAAGCUCGAGGCCGCGUCCUCUGUGAGCCCAGAACACCCUGUGGUCAUCAGCAAAUUCAUCGAGGGAGCCGCCGAGAUCGACGUCGACGGUGUUGCCCACGACGGAAAGCUGCUGGUCCACGCCGUCUCGGAGCACGUUGAGCAGGCCGGCGUCCACUCUGGCGAUGCGACCCUUGUGCUGCCGCCCCAGAGCCUGGACGAACAGGUUAUGGAGCGCGUCAAGGAGAUCGCCCAAAAGGUGGCCAAGGCCUGGAGGAUCACGGGUCCGUUCAACAUGCAGAUCAUCAAGGCCGAUGUCCCUGGUGAGCAGCCCCAGCUGAAGGUCAUCGAGUGUAACCUGCGCGCCUCGCGCUCGUUCCCCUUUGUGUCCAAGGUGCUCGGUGUCAACUUUGUCGACGUGGCGACCAAGGCGCUGCUUGGCAAGGACGUCCCAGAGCCCGUCGAUCUCAUGAAGAUCAAGCGCCCCUAUGUCGCCACCAAGGUUCCGCAGUUUAGCUGGACGCGCCUGGCUGGCUGCGAUCCCUUCCUGGGUGUCGAGAUGUCGUCGACGGGCGAGAUGGCCUGCUUUGGCAAGGACCUUGUUGACGCCUACUGGGCUUCGGUUCAGUCGACCAUGAACUUCCGUGUCCCGGAGCCGGGUGAGGGCAUCCUGCUUGGCGGCCAGACGGACAGAGACUGGCUCACCAAGGUUGUCGACCAUCUUAGCCCGCUUGGAUACAAGUUCUACGCCGCCGGAGACGACGUCAAGGAGUUUGUCGAGAAGACUGCCAAGGGCAACGUGACGGUGGAGAAGAUCACGCUGCCUGAAGACAAGGUUGCGCUGCGGGAGGCCUUCCAGCAGCACAACGUCAAGGGCGUCUUCAACCUGGCCCUGACCCGUGCCAAGACGACGUCUGAUGUCGACUACAUCAUGCGUCGCAAUGCGGUCGACUUCGGUAUCCCCCUGUUCAUGGAGCCUCAGACGGCAAUUCUCUUUGCCGAAUGCAUGAGCAAGAAGCUGCCCCGUCAAGAUGGCAUCCCGACCGAGGUUCGCCGGUGGUCCGAGUUCAUCGGUGGCAAGCCCCUGUAAACCCUUGGCAUUUCCAUGGAUUUUAAAUACCCACCAAGGCGUUGGCUUUUGACGCGUCUCUUUUGCAUGACAGGUCCGCAGCACAACAUGUGGACCUGGCCAUGUAUGGCUGCUGAUUUUCUGGGGUGACACCUACCUUGGAUCUCAUUUGGUGUCGGACAGUCAACCUCGGAAUCGACGGGUUAGCGUGGCGUUGGCUUGGGAAAGAGGAGAACAUGGUAGCUGAUGGGAAAACUACAUUGUGUAACAAGAAAAAAAAGGGUUUGGCGUCGAUGAAGCGUUGCGAGCAUUACCUCUCUCCAAAAUAGCAAAGGUUGAAACCAUGGGGGUUUUCUCAAUCGGGGUUACCACUGGCACACACCCGAUAUAUAAAACCGGAUGUAAACAGAUGUAUUUUUUUACCUGUCCCAUUUCAGUAGUACACUAGUACGUUCCGGGGGUUACUUCAAUCGUCUGAAAAGGGGAAAGGUUAUAGGAGGAUAAGGAAAAAUAUCAAACAGGGUUCCAACUUGACACAAGGAAAGUCGAGACGAGCCAGUCCAGGGAAGUGAGGGGAGAGGGGUGAUUGCGACAUUGGCC